AGGAACGUUUCGCAUGCCCAUUUAUAUGAACGGGGUGUGAGCCCGGGGGAGAAGUUUAGUGCAACCCACGCCCCAUCAGAGAAUGUCGCAGGGAGAUUCGUCGUCCUCUAAAUCUUCAGAUGGAGAUGCGUCCUCGGAGGCCGCAGCAUCGCUGGCGUCGAUUGCAGAGAAUCUCCAGCGUUCUGCCAUUGAAUCAGCUCGAGCUGUGCAACAUAACUCUUCCACUCAUUUCCGUGCCUUUCAGAAUUUUUUACCGGAAGCAGUAUCACAGUAUAGAACUUACGAAGAUGCUUUCUUCAAUAAAGUUAAAGAUGGAUUGAUGAUUGCACGGGAGCAUCAAGCUUUAGGUGUUGGUUUGGCUAUUUCUGCUGCCCUUCUUGCUAUGCGUGCUCCAAGAAGGUUUCUGUUCCGUCAUACAUUGGGUCGAUUUCAAAGCGAGGAGGCACGGUACGCUAGUGCUGAGAAGAAUGUAAAGGACUUGAACCUUUCAGUAGAUAUACUUAAGAAGGAGAGCGUAAAAUUGCUUCAAAGGACAGCUCUUGCUGAGAAGGAAAUGAAAUAUGGGCAUACCGAACUAGUGAGCGCUGGAAUCCAAUAUCAACAGCUGGCAAAAUCAGCAUAUAAAGUUGAAAACCAAGCUGCUGAUUUGCUAGAUAAGUUGCGGUAUAUACCUAGUCGGGAAGCUCUGACACUUCGAGCUGAGGCAAGUCAACUUUGUAUUUGUGCGUUUCCGCAAAAGUCCAGUAAUGUUACAUUAGUUAAUACUAUUUUCUCUCUGCCACAAACACGUGAUCAGGUUGCAUCUGUGGCUUCAAUUUUGAAGCGCCAGAGAUCUGCGCUGGACAAACGGAUAAUGAAGAUCAACGAGUUAGGGGUUGCUGUGUGACGAAUUAAUGGACCUCCUCUUGAUGCACACCCAUCAUCCCAAUUUUCUUGAAUAAAUUCUCCUGUUGAAGAGGUAGAUGGCUGUACGUAUAAUGCAGACCCAUUUCCCGGGGCAUCUGUUUUUUGUUUUGUCAAUUCAGAGAAUCGGUAGAUAGGCUUCAUAAAGUUGCAACUGGAAAAUGAUUUUGAAUACCAUAACUUUGUAACAAUUUAAGUUGGAAGAGUCCUAUUCUCAUUGUUUACAUCUGUUAAGGAUAUGCAAAUGAAUCCCCCAUAAAAUUAC